CAGGCCUAUAGCGAUAACAACCCCUCUGUGAUCGUCCAUUCUGGGAGUAAGCACCCAUUGCCAGUCGAGUCUCCCGAUUCGAUGAAGAAGCGACGAAUCCACCGCUGCGAUUUCAACAGCUGCAACAAAGUCUACACCAAGAGCUCUCAUCUAAAGGCACACCGCCGCACACACACAGGAGAGAAGCCCUAUAAGUGCAUGUGGGAGGGUUGCACGUGGAAGUUCGCCCGUUCGGACGAGUUAACGCGUCACUUCCGCAAACACACGGGCGUCAAACCGUUCCAGUGUCCCGACUGUGACCGCAGCUUCUCCCGUUCAGACCACCUGGCUCUGCAUAAGAAACGCCAUCUGCUGGUCUGAAACGCAACACAACGCAACGGCUGCGAAACGUCUGCAGAACACACAACGCAAUGCGUACACAGCCCGUUGGACAGUUGGGCCAUACCACCCCAGACAGGACUAUUGACCAGAGAGACAGGGGCUUAAACAGACUCUCCAUCCUCAUCCAUAUAUCCCUUUAUUCAUUCGUCCAGCCAUCCUCCUCUCCUCUCCUCUCCUCUCCUCUCCUCUCCUCUCCUCUCCUCUC